AUGAGCGACUCUAUUGAAUAUCCUACCGAAGACGACGUGUUUUCGUUUUCGCUUGCCAACCAGCCCACAGCACAAUGGAGUGCGCAAUGGAACGGCCUGGGCUCUACUGUCACGCCUCCACUACUCUCGAACACGCCAGACUCGUACACCCACGAAGAACACGAGGACGAGUUUCUGAUAUCCUCGCCGCUCAUGUACGCGGUUCAAUCCAACGGGCGUCUGGACGACGACCUGUUCCGCCUCGACCAGGACGAGUUGGCAUGCGGGGUCGCGAACGACGCGUCGUUCGCGGCCUGCUCCGCCACGCCUCGCGUGCUGGUGGAGAAUUCCGAGUCCGAACUGUUUGCCAAUGCCGCCCAAGAAAACUACAGACUCUGGCUGACGGGCGUAUGA